AUGGCUGGCUCUGACACUGCUCCCAGCGCCUUGCAGACACUUCAGGAGGAAGUGGUGUGUGCCAUCUGCCUGGAUUACUUCAAGGAUCCCGUGUCCAUCGGCUGCGGGCACAACUUCUGCCGAGGGUGUGUGACGCAGCUGUGGGGCAAGGAAGAUGAUGAGGAAGUCAGGGACGAAGAGGAAGAUGAAUGGGAGGAAGACGACGAGGCAGUGGGGGCCGUCAGUGGAUGGAGCAACUCCAUUCGAGAGGUUUUAUACCAGGGGAAUGCUGACGAGGAGUUGUUCCAGGACCAAGAGGAUGAUGAAGUCUGGGACGGUGACGGUGGCGUAAGGGAUUGGGACAACUUGGAUUAUGCGUGGGACCAGGAGGAAGAAGAGGAGGAUACGGACUAUUACCUGGGAGGCGUGAGACAUGACCUGAGAACUGACGUCUACCCAGAAGAAGAGGAGGAGAUAUUGGAAGAAUACGAUGAGGAAGACCAAGAGCUGUAUCCUGACACUCACCUGCCUCCUCCCCCGGCCCCUCCACGGCAGUUCACCUGCCCCCAAUGCCAGAAGAGCUUUACGCGUUGCAGCUUUCGUCGCAACUUGCAGCUGGCCAACAUGGUCCAGAUAAUUCGCCAGAUGUGCCCCACUCCUAAUCGAGGGAGCCAGGGGAAUGAUCAGGGCAUCUGCUCCAAACACCAAGAAGCUCUGAAACUAUUCUGUGAGGUGGACAAAGAGGCUAUCUGUGUGCUGUGUCGAGAAUCCAGGAGCCACAAACAGCACAGUGUGGUGCCAAUGCAGGAAGUGGUUCAUGAGUACAAGGAGAAAAAAAUGGAGAAACUUGUGAAACUACCUUGCAUUCUGAAUGCUACCACAACUUUGAGAGGAAAUUGAGGAAUUCCAGAAUUUCUUCAUCAACUUCUGCAUCUGAACUCUGAAUUCACUGACUGAGCAUAUCAAAUAUCAGGUUUUAAAAAAACAGCUCAUCCUUCUUUGCUAUUAGUUGACAUUAAUCUACUGAUGAAGAAAAUUGUGCUUUGCUUGUGUUCAGAUUAAGGCUUUAAAAACUGUGGAUGUGCUAUUUUCACUAAGCGAGCACUAAAGACAAUAUUUUUGAAGUUGUAUGAAAUGAACUUAGUUGGAAGAAAAAAAUUAUAGGAGUAUAUGUUGGUGGUGCUACAGCAAUGACAUGUUUUAGAUAUGGGUCUUUGUCAAAAAUUCAAGAAAACUGGCAUUCAAGAUGUACUGCAGGGCUUCCCUGGUGGCGCAGUGGUUAAGAAUCCGCCUGACAAUGCACGGAACACGGGUUCGAGCCCUGGUCCGGGAAGAUUCCACAUGCCGCGGAGCAACUAAGCCCAUGCGCCACAACUACUGAGCCUGCGCUCUAGAGCCCAUGAGCCACAACUACUGAAGGCUGUGCACCUAGAACCUGUGCUCCGCAACAAGAGAAGCCACCGCAGUGAGAAGCCUGCACACCGCAAUGAAGAAGAGUAGCCCCCGCUCACCGUAACUAGAGAAGGCCCGCGCACAGCAACAAAGACCCAAGACAGACAAAAAAUAAAUAAAUAAAUAAAUUUUUUUUUUUUUUAAAAAGAAAGAUGUACUGCAGCAGUCACCACCAAGCAUCGACUUCCAUCAGUCUGCCCAUA